AUGAUGGACUGCUGCCAGACUUCCAUCCCGAGCAAAGAAGAGGUGCCCAAGCACGUGGACUGUCUGAUAAACGGACACAAAGUUGUUCUUUUUACGAGAAAGGAUGAGAAAAGCGAGAGGGUGGCCGACGUGCUGAAAGACCUCGACGUCAAAGAUCUGUGUAUCCAGGAUGUCGAGAAGUGCAACUACAAAGAUGAGGUUUUGGAGGUCCUCGCAAAAAAGACCGCGACUUCAGCGACACCAAUGCUUUUUAUUGGUGGAGAGCCCUACUGCGGCGCGCACGAGCAGGGUGCCCCACCCAUCCGAAGCGACCGACCGCUGUACAACCGUCGGGUCGGGUCAGUGUCAAACUGGCCCGGGACGAGCCCGUUGCAUAGAUGCAAGCCAGCAGAAAGAAGCUACCCGCACGGCGGAGAGACGAGCCGUGCGACGCUACAGGCAGAGCGGCCGCGUCGUGUGGCGCAUACCGUCCACAACCUUUCCUCUCGCUUCUUUCCGCACAUACAGUUAAUUAUUCCGGAUGACAAGAAAGGAGACGAAAUUGCCUCUGCGCUGAAGUCCGUAGAGGCCAAAGAUAUGGUGAGUCAGCCUUUGCACUCGGGUGACUGCCGGCUCUGCUGCUCUUCGCUCAAGCGUCUUCUGCGUAGUGGUAUUGUUUACGGCAUAAAUGCGGCGCGCGUAGCUCCCAACAACUUGUGGUUACCGUGCCUAAGAUUAGCUUUUCUGAGGCACAAUAGGAUGCACGCGCUGGGACCGUCUACGACAAAGAUGACGGACCGGAACCCGGAGAGCGUACCAAAAGGGGGACCGGAAGCCUUUAGUUUCCGUGGAGGCACGUUGCGCAACUUCGUGUGGUGCAGUGAAUGGGCCGUGUUGACGCAUCCAAACUCACUGGAACGUGUCAGCGUCUCGCCCGCUACAGCAGCCACCAGCAUGGUCCUCAGAUCUACCGGAUGGAUCUGA